CGAGCACUGCCUAGGUUUAGCGCGCUGCGUUUGCCAUGGCGAGCGUGGACAUGAUGGAUGUGGCCGGGCCAUCGGGUGAGGGCUCCAGCAGCGGCGCCAGUAGCUCCACCAAGCGCUCUAAGCGCUUCGAGAUCAAGAAGUGGAACGCUGUGGCGCUUUGGGCAUGGGACAUUGUGGUGGACAACUGCGCGAUUUGCCGGAAUCACAUCAUGGAUCUGUGCAUCGAGUGCCAGGCAAACCAGGCCAGCGCUACCAGCGAAGAAUGCACCGUUGCCUGGGGCGUGUGCAACCAUGCGUUUCACUUCCACUGCAUCAGCCGCUGGCUAAAGACGCGCCAAGUCUGCCCUCUCGAUAACAGCGAGUGGGAGUUCCAGAAAUACGGUCGCUAGAGUAAAGCUGGCUCGAUCGAAUGUAGAUCACGACUCCCUCGAAAACGUGAGAAAAAAUCUUUUCUUUUGUUUCAUUUUUUCUCUCGGUUGUUUUUGCAAAGAACUCAAAACUUGGGCAAUAUUAAUCUUCGUUUUUUUC